AUGUCGUUCACACGCUCCUCUUACAUCUUCUCCUCCAUGGUGUCGUCCUCCAUCGACGAAGUCACCAAGAUCUCGGGUGCGCAACGUUGGGAUUCUCAGUCCUAUUUGGUUGCGAAGCCCCUCAAUCAUAAUCCACCUUCUUUGACAGAGAUGGAGAAGCUUUGCAAUGGAAUGUUUUGCCUCAAAUCCAAAUCCAAGAACCAUAAAACUUUGAAGUUCAAAAUUGUGGCAAGAGAGACUUUGGAAGUUCGUCCCACCAGGAACGAAAUCCUGGCUCUUCCUGUGCUUAUACGGAAUCACCUCUCUCAAGGAUUACCUCGACAAGCGCUUCUAGUCUACACCCAAUUUCGUCGGAAAGGCAUCUACACUUGGGGUGUACUCCCUUUGAUUCUCAAGGCUUGUGCUUCGCUUCCGUCAAUAAAGCAUGGGAAAUCGGCGCACGCAGAGUGUAUCAAGUCUGGUGUGAUUUGUGAUGUAUCGGUUGGCACCUCAUUAGUUGACAUGUAUGCGAAAUGCGGGGACAUUAUUGAGUCUCGGAAAGUGUUUGAUUAUAUGCCUGAGAGAAAUGUGGUAAGUUGGAAUGCCAUGAUUGGUGGGUACUGGAGAAAUGGGGAUGCAGCAUCUGCGUUGUCUUUGUUUGAGAAGAUGUCAUUGCGGACGUAUGUGACUUGGGUUGAGAUGAUUAGUGGGUUUGCGAGGACUGGAGAUACUGUUAGUGCUAGGAGGUUGUUUGAUCAGGUUCCACCGGAGUUGAAGAAUGUGAUUACGUGGACUGUGAUGGUUGAUGGAUAUUGUAGCAAUGGACAGAUGGAGAUGGCAAGGGAACUUUUCGAGGCAAUGCCCCAGCGCAACUUCUUUGUUUGGUCGUCAAUGAUUUCUGGGUAUUGCAAGAUAGGUGUUGUUGAGGAGGCUAAGAUGAUCUUUGAUAGAAUCCCAGUCCGGAACUUGGUAAAUUGGAAUUCGAUGAUAUCUGGAUAUGCGCAAAAUGGAUUUUGCGAGGAAGCUUUGAAAGCAUUUGAGAACAUGCAAGCUGAAGGCUUUGAGCCAGAUGAGUUUACUAUUGUGAGUGUCUUAUCUGCUUGUUCGCAGUCUGGGUUAUUAGAUGUUGGCAAGGAUAUACAUAACAUGUUAAGUCAUAACAGGAUAAAGCUUAAUCAGAUUGUUCACAAUGCACUUGUAGACAUGUAUGCAAAAUGUGGCGACUUGAUCAAUGCAAGGUUGAUUUUUGAGGAGAUGACUGAGAGGAACAGUGCUUGUUGGAAUGCUAUGAUUUCAAGCAUGGCUAUUCAUGGACAGUGCAAGGAGGCUCUUGAAUUGUUUAGCAGAAUGGAGGAUUCAAAUGAAAAGCCUGAUGAGAUUACCUUUCUUGCCGUUCUGUCAGCUUGUGCGCAUGGAGGUUUAGUAGAUGAAGGCAUGGAAAUUUUCUCCAUAAUGCAGAAGAAAUAUGGUUUGGAAGCCGGAAUUAAGCAUUAUGGGUGCUUAGUUGAUCUUUUGGGACGGGCUGGAAGGUUAAGAGAGGCUUACUCUUUAGUUAAAAAUAUGCCCAUCAAACCCAAUGACAUGGUUUGGGGAGCUAUGCUUGGAGCUUGCCGGAUUUAUAUGGAUAUGGAAAUGACAGAACAGGUAGCAAAAGAUAUUAGCACCCUAAAUUCAAGCAUUCGGUCAGCCGAUAAUUCACAUUAUGUGCUUCUGUCAAAUAUUUAUGCUGCUUCUGAUAGAUGGGAAAAAGCUGAGAGGACGAGAAUGGACUUGGUAAACGAAGGCUUUGAAAAGACACCUGCUCACAGUGCAUUUAUGCCCUGUGGCGCAUAG